CCCAGGUCCCGAAUGGCGGCUCACAACUCGCGGAGCUCCGUCACGAUGAAAAAGAGGAAGCAGACCACAAAUAACGUGUCGAGGGCCAGGAUGCGAGCAAGCCGAUCACGGUACGGGUUGCUCUGCCCAGUGAGACACGCUUGUUUGUCCACGCAUCCACGCGUGUAUGUCUGACGCGUGUUCUCAUUCCACACUGGUGUACCUGUACUGUGUCUAGGGAGACGGAUGGGCGCACACUUCCGCCUCGCAGGAAGGUGAAGAGGAUCUCCAGCUUGGCAAACAGCCCAAGCUCACCGUUGUACAUGAGACCCUCCACACGAACAGUCCAUGUCGAGAGGUCUACCCAAUUGUAAUUGGCCUGCGCACAACACAUAGAUUCACACAUAUGAGCAUCCAUUUCUCUCUCUCUCUCUCAGUGUGUGUGUCUGGUGAAGUGUCUGGCUCAACCAGAUAAAUAAUCCUGUUGCGCAGCUUCUCGAUAGGACUGUUCACCAACAACCAGAACUCAUACUCUCCCCGAUCGUUGGCCUGAGCGAAAGGUAUCGAUGCACACAUGUUCUUAUGCGUCUCUGUUGGUCUUCUUACUUCAAAGCCCUCGCCGAGUGGUAUAUCUGGAAACGCAGCAUCGUGGUCGAGGCCCUUGACCAGCUGUCUGGUUUUGUUGACGUCCAGGAAAUACGACUUGCUGCUGGACCGUUCAUCGUGACAACACUGACCCGUAUCGUCCUCACGACAGAAUAUGCUGGAUGACACAUACAGCACAGCGGCGCGAGAAUGGUUGCCGCUUCGUCUGCAUGCUGCUCACGUGUCUAGGUCACUGUUGACACAUUUGUUCGUCUUGCUUCUUGUCUGAACCAGCUUGAUCCCUCCGAUGAUCUGAUUGUAUCGCUCGUAACGGCCCCAUGUCGUGCUGGGUAGUCGCCGAUCGAACUGCACACAGACGGACACAUCCAGAGAGAGUACGGCCAGAACACUUGACAUGCGAGUAGGCGUACCGCAUCGGUUUGCUUGAACAACGUUUGUGGCAUUCCUAUGCUCAACCACCGCGAGAACUCGACCUCGGUGUUGACAUCAGCAAGUGUCUUGGUCCCAUCGGACGUCCGGACACCCUCAGCAAUGCUGUAUGAGAGCACACAGGUCAGGCUCGGGACCCUCUCUGGUGCCCAGCGUGUCGUGUCUUACACGUCGUUGACAGAAUAUAUGGUGGAGACGUUUUCAUGGUGCGAGACAACCAGCAGAAAUGAGAUGCAGAAUAGCACUGCAGGCAGUCAAGGAUACACACAAAGCCCUUUCGUCAAACAGCCUGUAAGGGGCUGACGCACCAGCGAAAGGCAGAUACUUCACAGCCUGGAGGAGACACAGACGCGACAUAUCAAGCGAAGUAACGUCGCCUGUUGCAGUGCUGACUAACCUGCUCCUCCCCUGCACGUAUCU